AUGGAUCAUUCUCCUACUGAAACAACCACUAUUGGUCAACCUAAUGAAACAGUCACAAUUGGUGCCCAACCUACUGAAACAGCCGCUGGUAGUGCCCAACCUAUUAAAGGUAAUACCACUGGACCUCUUCUUUCUGAUAAGCCUCCAUUACCACCUAAGGAGAAGGGUAAGGCACGGGGAAAAGUUAGUGGUAGGAAACCAUCAAGAGCAUGGGAUCAUUUUGAUAAAAUUAAAAAUGAGGAAGAUGGGAAAACACGGGCUGUAUGUAAGUAUUGUCAAAAAGAAUACAUGGCUGAGUCGAAGUCCCAUGGGACUAGUAAUUUAUUGAGUCAUGUGGCUAGUUGUUUAAAGUAUCCUUAUAGAGAACAAGAAAAGAGUCAACAUACAUUGUCUUUUCAAAACAAAAAAGAUGGAGAUGGUGUCGGUCUAGUGGCAACUUCUUUUACAGUGAAAGGUGCUAGGAAAGCUCUAGCUGAAAUGAUCAUUCUUGAUGAAUUGCCUUUUAGAUUUGUUGAAGGGGUUGGUUUUCGUAGGUUUUGCAAUGCUUUACAACCAAAGUUUACCAUGAUUCCAUCUCGUACCACUGUUGCUAAAGAUCUAGUUGCAAUUUUUAACACUGAGAGGACUACGUUAAGAAAUUUUUUGAAGGGUCGUAGAGUUUGUCUUACAACUGAUACAUGGACAUCUAUACAAAAUCUUAAUUACAUGUGUCUUACGGCUCAUUUUAUUGAUGAUGAUUGGAAAUUGCAAAAAAGGAUUUUAAAUUUCUGUCAAGUUGAGGAUCAUAAAGAUGAAACUGUUGGUAAGAGGAUUGAGUUGUGUUUACUUGAAUGGAACCUUGGUAGUGUUUUUACUUUGACUGUUGAUAAUGCGAGUUCUUACAAUACAGCCAUAAAAUUCUUGAAAAGAAAAACAAAAGAUUGGAAGGGCACUGUUUUGGGUCAUGAGUUCUUACAUAUGCGUUGUUGUGCGCAUAUUUUGAAUCUCAUUGUUGGUGAGGGCUUGAAAGAGUUGGAUACUUCAAUUUGUUGUGUGCGUGAUGUUGUGAGAUAUGUGAGGUCGUCUCCAAAUAGGCAUGAAUCUUUUAAGAAGUGUGUGGAGAUGUGUCAAAUUGAGUCCAAGUCUUUGUUAUGUCUUGAUAUACCUACUAGGUGGAAUUCAACUUAUUUGAUGUUGGAGAGUGCUGAAAAAUUUGAGAAAGCAUUUGAGCGUUUAGAGGAGGAGGACUCAAAUUAUCGAUCUUACUUUUUAAAGGGCGAUAGGGAGGAUGGAAGUGGUAGAAAGAAGAAGUCAUGGGGUGCUCCAACAGAGGGUGACUGGAACAAUUGUAGACUAUUUUUAAAAUUCUUAAGGCUUUUCUACAAUGCUACUAAAAGGUUUUCGGGCUCCCUUUAUGUAACUUCUAAUUGUUUUUUUGAUGAGAUGUUUGUUAUUCUAACAAAAAUUGAGCAAUUAAGUAAAAAAGAUGGGAGGGAAGAUGAAUUGUUGGGUUUAAUGGCAAAAGGAAUGAAAGCAAAAUUUGACAAAUAUUGGGGUAAUGGAGAUAAAAUAAAUCUGUUGAUGUAUGUUGCUGUGGUGCUUGAUCCACGAAAAAAAUUGAGAUAUGUCUAG